CAGUAACAGAAGAGCAUUUAUUGCUAUUAUUUAUUAACCAUUUUGAACAAAUAUGAAUACAUUGAAGACCAUCACUUCCAAGUUAGCAAUAAGAUCUUUUCAACCAUGUGUUAAACAAUUCAACUACACAACAGCAGCAGCAGCAGCAGCUGUGACAAAAGUGCCUAAAAUUAAUGUUAUGGAGUACAUUUCAAAACAACAGAUUGAAAAGGCCAAUGUAGAUGGACGUCGUGAACUCUUUGAUCGCCAUAAUCCUCAAGGUAUUAGACCAGGAUCGAUUGUUCUUGUUGAAACAUUUAAUGGGCCUGGAGAAACAACCACAUCCACCUUUAUUGGAGUUUGUAUCUCUAUUCGUCGAAAGGGCAUAGACACAAAUUUCACUCUUCGUAACAUUGUGAUGCGUGUUGGUGUGGAGCAGAGAUAUUCACUUUAUUCACCAUUAUUAAAGAGUAUUAAAAUAUUACAGAAGCCAAAUGAAAUUAAAUUUAAAAGAGCCAAGUUGUAUUACUUGAGAGAUCAACCUGGUAAGGCUUUCCAACCUCUUCAAUCUUUAUGGAAGCAAGAGCAACUAGAGAAAAAUGCAAAAUAAAUAAUAAAUUAAAAAGGAAAAAAAAAAAGAAAAAGUAAAAGAAAAGAUAGCUAUUAUAUUAUUAUACACACAUAUAAUAAACAAACACAU